UCUUUCCCUUGCUCUGUUUAAUAUGUGCUUUCUGAUGACACUGCGGUCUCUGUUCUAACAAACUUUGUGUACUUUACUUUUCGCAGUCAGAAUUGUAAGGUGCACCACGGAGUUGUUGAUGGUGAAUGCACUUCUUCAGAAUGGUUGCAACCAACAGCUUAAACAAUAAAAAUUCUGAACUGAUUCAGCAGCAAUUUCAGCAGGCAUCCUUCUUUGACUUUGACUACUGGGAUUUUGUAGUGCCUGAACCCAACUUUAAUGAGAUGGUGUUUGAGGAACGAACAUGUCAGAAUCUGAUUAGAAUGCUGGAGAACUGCCUCUCUAAAUCAAAACAGACUAGACUGCAUUGCUCAAGGGUCUUAGUCCCUGAGAAACUAACUCGGAGGAUAGCUCAAGAUGUCUUGCGUCUCUCUUCUACAGAGCCUUGUGGCUUGCGGGGCUGCAUUAUUCAUAUCAACUUGGAAACUGGAAAUGUAUGUAAAAAGCUGGAGAAGAUUGUUUGUGACCCCAGUGUCAUUCCCACGUUUGAACUGACACUGGUGUUCAAGCAAGACAAUUGUUCAUGGCCUAGCUUCAGGAGUUUAUUCCCCAGAGUUUGUUUUACUUCUAGCUAUAAACAGACUCUGAUCCUGAGCGCAGGGUUUCGUCUAAUUAAGAAAAAAUUAUACUCCUUGAUUGGGACAGUUGUUGAAGAAUGCUGAAAAGUGUACUAGUUAAAAAAAGCUGAGCUAAAAACCCAUAGAAAUAGGAGCGAUAUUUGCACAAUACCUGUCUAUGGUCUUGAAGCUGGCAAAAUCUUUGUGGAGCUAUCUGGUGCUAUGUAAAAUGAGGAGGAGUGCAGCUCCUUGAUACUUGAAACAUUCCUUGGUUAGCAGAGAUUUGGCAAGCCCAAUAGCCAUCCUGAUUGCCAUUUAUUGCUAGCAGUUGGACUAAAUGCUGCCCUAACGGUUUGGCAUUCUUUGAUAUUUUUUAAGAUGAGUUCCCUAGAUUCACAUUGUUUUAAAUUCAGGUUAGGAGAAAUUACUCACAAGCUUUCAAGGAAUAAACACAUCUCUAGGACUACAUAGGUCAAAGAGGUAGGAAUGAUGCUUCCAAAAUGUUGC